UUUGCUUGCCUCCCUCUAAUUGCUUUGUCAUGAGUUAGUGUUUUCUUUUGCUCUGAUCUCCUCAUCUCCCUGUGUGUUGGUUUUUUUUUGCUCCUAGAUUUCUAAAUAAUGUAUCUGAAGUUUAGUAAUGAAAGUUUAGUAAUGAAUCAUCUUGGUUUCUGCCGUGAAGGAUGGCUUUUUUCAUCCUGAAGAGGACUGCCUCCUGCUCAUGAAACUUAUAUAACAGUUACAAUAGGUGACUUAGUAAUUUAUUAGCUAGGUCUUUGGCUUUUAAUCAAAAAGCGUGUUGUUUAAGUUCCUUUACACUCUGCACAAUUCAAGGCUGAAGUGGCAAUAACAACUCUAGUCCAAGAUGCCAAACUUUGAUGAGAUUUUAGAGCAUAUAGGGGAGUUUGAUCUGUUCCAGAAAAGAACAUUUCUCCUCAUUUCCCUCCUCUCAGCUGCCUCUGCUCCAGUUUAUAUUGGAGUUGUUUUUCUAGGCUUUAUACCAGAGCACCGUUGUCUGAAUCCUGGAGUAGCUGAGUUAAGACGCAGGUGUGGCUGGACUCUUGAAGAGGAAUUGAAUUAUACUGUUCCAAAGGGAGAAGCUUUCAUACAGCAAUGCAUGAGAUACGAUGUGGAUUGGAAUGCAACUGAACUAAGCUGUACAGACCCAUUGGGAAACUUUAGCCAUCUGAAUGGCAGCAUCCCUCUCACCACUUGCCAAGAAGGUUGGCUAUACGAUUCUUCAAUACAGUCCAUUGUGAGUGAGUUUGACUUGGUGUGUAAAUACUCCUGGAAGCUAGAUGUGUUUCAGGCAUGUGUGAAUGUUGGAUUUUGCCUUGGGUCUAUAUAUGUUGGCUACGUAGCAGACAGGUUUGGCCGUAAGACAAGCAUCUUGAUUACCACCCUGGUAACUUCUAUCACAGGAGUCUUGGUGGCUGUAGCACCAAACUACAUAUGGACUGUCAUAUUCCGCUUCAUGCAAGGACUCGUUGGCAAGGGCAGCUGGACAGCAGGCUACAUCCUUAUCACAGAAAUUGUUGGUGCAAGCUACCGGAGGACUGUGGCCAUUCUCUCUCAAACUGCAUUUGCUGUUGGUCUCCUGAUCCUCGAUGCUUUGGCUUAUGCAAUUCCCCAUUGGCGGUGGCUUCAACUUGCCGUUACUCUGCCAACCUUUCUGCUUUUGUUCUAUUACUGGUGCCUUCCUGAAUCUCCUAGAUGGCUGCUUUCUCGAGGACAGAAUGGCAAAGCUAUGGAAAUUGUGGGUGAUAUUGCCAAAACGAACAGGAAACCGUUACCUCCCGAUUUUGAGAUUAUGUCGACUUCGGAGAAGGAAGAAGAGUUGAAGGAGAGCGCCAUGAAGUCUCUAAGAAAGACAGAGACUCUGCUGUGUGGCUCAAACCAUUCCCUGCAGACAAAGCAAAGACUACAAUCAAAAUAUCAGGAAGAGUGCAGCUGUAGUAUCGAUCUUGAAGAGGACAAUGAAAAAGAUACAAAACAGAGUCCUUCUGUGAUGGAUCUUGUGAGAACACCGCAGAUGAGGAAAUACACACUUAUUUUAAUGUAUAACUGGUUCACAAGCGCCAUAACAUACCAAGGACUAAUCAUGCACGUGGGAAUUUCUGGAGACAACGUCUACCUGGAUUUUUUGUACUCCUCCAUUGUUGAAUUACCAGCAGCUGCUAUCCUUGUACUCACAAUAGAGCGAGUGGGUCGCCGCUAUCCCUGGGCUAUAGCCCAUCUGAUGGCAGGCAUUGCUUGCCUCGUUACAGCUUUUGCCCCAGAAGAUAUGCAUUGGUUAAUGAUCACUGCAGCUAGCCUGGGGAAACUGGGAAUUACAAUGGCUUUUGAAAUGGUGUGUUUUGUAAAUACUGAAUUGUAUCCCACAUUUCUCAGAAACUUAGGAGUGAUGGUCUGUUCCUCUUUGUGUGACUUGGGUGGAAUAAUAUCCCCAUUUGUUGUAUACAGACUGGCAGAGAUCUGGCAUCAACUACCUCUUUUAGUCUUCACUGCAGUUAGUUUAAUUGCUGCUGGAUCAGUGCUACUUCUACCUGAGACCAAAGGAAGAAACUUGCCUGACACCAUUGAGGAUGUAGAAAACUUCCAUCGAUACCAUGCUAAACAGCUCAAUUGAAAAUAGUCAAUUGGAUGUGUCUUCUUUCAGCUGACUACAAAUGGUACUUAGGCAAGCAGUGAAAACACUCACUUUAUGGGGAAAGAGCCCUGAUGAACUAUACAUACUUUUAGAAAUAAACUAGCUAGAGCUUUAAAAUGUCUGCUCAGUUCACACAGGAAACAUGUCACACACAUAUAAUCUAUCUCCCUUGUCCCAUCUAAUCUGAACAUAUUCCCCCUUCCCCAGUUCUGUCACCUCAAAAAGAAAUGGCUAUUAAAACAGAACUGAUAAAGUACUGGAUGAUUAAAUGGGCACAAAAUGUCAGACACAACAUAGAAUUAGAUAAAUGGGGAAAAUGUGGACUAUUCGUUUAAAGAAAAAUUGCUGCUACAUUCUUAGAGAUUUUUUAAAUAAAAUGAAUGGGUGGUUUGACCCCAGGAAAACUAAAAUGUAUAAGGGAAGAAACAACAAAUGCUGGCAAUGUAAAGAACAGGAAGGAAUUUUCUUCCACAUGUGGUGUUCCUGUAAAAAAGCAAGAGAAUUCUAGGGCAAAAUACAAAAAACGCUGCAAUAAAGUUUUUAUUCAAAGAUACAAUUGGAGCCCAAAUUAUUUUAUUGGGAAUGUCAAAUAACCAAACAAAAUUCACUAAACUAUAAAGUAUUACACUACAUGGCCGUAGCAGCAAGAAUAUGUACAGUUCUUGAAGAAGGCAGACCUCCCAACAAUAGAAGAAAGAAUAGUCUUUAAAAUAGCAGAAAUUGAUAAAUUAGCAAUGAUGAAAAAAGAAAAAAAAACUUUAUCAAGGGCUGGGAACCAUUUCUAAACUAUGUAAGAAAUAAGAAAGAAGGAAAAGUUUUUAUAGAAUGCUUCAAAAUUUAACCUGUUAGAAUCUAUGUAGGCAAUUUAUAAAUAGUGAUGGGAAGCCACUAAAUUGAGAGAGGUGGGAGGAGAGGAGAGCAUAACCAAACAUAAAUAUUGUAUAGAUGUUCGAAAGUAUUGUAUCGGUUCUUGCAUAUAUACAUGAUUUGUUUAAUUGUUUUUUAUGAAUAUGUAAAUUGAA